UAUUUUGUUGCCUGCUGCCGAGCGGAACGUGUUGAGCGCUUUGUGCAGAGUUUGAUUUCGUCUUUUCGUUCGUUUUCGCUGUGAAGCUGGGUUUUCUUGCGGGCGAUUAGAAACGCUAGCGAGUCGCGACAAUAAGAAAGCAGCGAUAAAAAUCGCUAAACAUCGGCAAAAAUAAUACGGUGUUUUUGUUGUUAUUGUUGAUGUUGCCGUUGUAGUUGUGGCAUCUUUUGUUUAAAAAGCUACGCGAAUUGAUUUUUAUUAGCGAUUCGUUCGGCGCAUUUCGUGUGGCCCCCGUGCAAAACUUGAAUUUUAAAGCUGAUUCCGCGAAAAAACAAAAAGAAGAAAAAACUCAAAGUCAAAGCGAAAAGCUAAACCCCCGACCCAAAAAAAAAAGUCAAAUUCAUAUGCUGAUGCGAGCAUUGUGCUGAUAUAUACAUAGAUACAAGAUAUAAGAUACAUGUGAAGUGCACAAGAGUUGAGAUACUUGAACUAUAUUGUCCUGGAUUAAAUAUACAUUAGAGUAUCUCUACUAAUUGAAACAUGAAGCAAAGCUGCAAUUGAUUUAUCCGCCUCAAUUUACGAUCCCAUACAAAAUGCUGGACAAACAAAGCGCCAUCUCGAUGUCUGGCUCCUGCUGCAGCUCGAAUGCAACCAAUGCGGACCUGGACUACGAUGUGCCCGUCUCACGGCGCAUUCACAUUAAAUCGAAGCUUUAUGCCAAGGCCAUUUACGACAAUGAAGCGGAUAUGUCCGACGAGCUGUCCUUCAAGAAGGGCGACAUCCUUACAGUCAUCGAGCAGGACACCGAGGGCAUCGAAGGCUGGUGGCUAUGCUCGCUGCGCAACAGACAGGGUCUGUGUCCCGGCAAUCGGUUGCGCAUCUUAAACUCCUACGACUCGGGCUGCUUCUCGCCCUCGCCGGCCAGCUCGCCGAUUCCAUCGCUGGCGGCCAGCACAGCGACCCUAAACAGUUCCAUCUGCUCGGCGGAGAUCUAUGAGAAUGGCUCCAUGCUGAACGCCAGCGCCGCGGCAGCGGACACACAAUCCACCAACUCAACCUCGUCGGGCGGCCAGGGCCGAGGCGGACGCCGAUCGUGGCACGUAUCACCGAAUAAGGUCAUAACGCCUCAGCGGCACGGGGAUGAGUACAUCUACAACUGUUUUCCUGGUACAUUGUGUGGGGCAACGUCGCGUUCACCGAAUCCGAAUACGCAGCAGAUCUACAGCAAUCAGAACAUCUAUCAGAACCUAAGCAUGAUGAUGGGCAACGGGUCGCUGGGCAACGGCAGCGAGUUCGAGACCUACGAUAUACCCAAGCCGGCGACGCCUGUGCAAUUCAAUUACGACGGGCCCGGCGGCCGAGCAGUGGGCGUGCGCACGCCCACGACGGGCUCGGCUUUGGGCGCACGCUUCGAUUCGCUGAAGAGCGUCGAAGAGGAGUCCUACGAUGUGCCACGCCCACUACUAUCACAGCAACAGCAGCAGCAGCAGCAGCAGCAGCAUACAUUGACGCCCAGUAGCUCGGCGUCGUCUCUGCUAACCAGCGAUAGCUUGUCCUUGAGCUUCUCCAGCUCGAAUCGCAGCUCGCUGGCAAAUAUGCCCGACUACGAUAUACCGCGUCGUCAUCCGCUGCCCGUGCGGCCAGUUCAGCGCCCGCUCGCCUCCGCCAGCCAUGAGUUCUCUCUGCCGCCGCUGCAGGAGCAGACGAGCAUCGUCAGCAAUGCGAGCAAUGCGAGCAGCGCGAGCAACGGCAGCCAGGUGAGCGCAGUGAAGGAGCUGCCCCUGGAACUGAACUCGGCGCUGGAAACGCUGGCCAAGCUGCAGUCGGAGACAACGAUGGCCAUCACGCGUCUGCUCAGCUUCGUGGUGCCGCACUGGCGCACGCCCGAGCAGCUGGAGAAGCACAUAAUGGAACUGAAGCUGGCGGCACUGCGUCUGCGCACAGCUCUGCACGAUCUGACCGAGUUCGGUGAGGGAGCAUUGGGUAAUGCCCAGAACUCAGAGGAUCGCAAUUUGGCCCUGAAGCUGAGGCCUUUGGUGCGUGCGUUGCGCGAUGCCAACAAGCUGAUACAGGACUCCUCGGAGGCGCUCGACGGACAGGGCGGCUGGUCAGUGGAGCAGCUGGCGCGCAGCGAUGACAAGCACGGCUGCCGGCCGCCCGAUAGCCUGGAUCAGCUGAUCGCCUGCGCCCAGACACUCACCGAGGACGUGCGCUCCACCACCAGCUUCAUCCAGGGCAAUGCCUCGCUGCUGUUCAAGCGACAGCUGCCGGCGGAUCAACUACUCAACAGCCAGAAUGGUGGCGAGAGCCACGUUGCUGGUGGGCGGGGCAGUGCCGAGUGGCUGGAGGACUACGACUAUGUGGCCUUCGAGUCCAAGGAUGCGGCGGCCAAGAAGAAUCAAGCACUGAGAGACGCUAUACCCGCCGGAAUGAAAACCCAAUUCGAUUGCGCUUUGAAGAUCGCCGAGUCCACAGCCAUGGGCAACGCGCCAACGGUGCCGACCACGCCCACAGCCAGCGUGCCCCAGCCCAAUAGGUCACCGGAGCUGACGGACAAGGAUAAGAAGGUGGUGCGCUACUACGCUCAACAGAUUUCCACGCACAUGGCGAAUCUCCUGCGUGCCAUUGACUCCUUCUUGGAGACCGUCGAGAAGAAUCAACCGCCGAAGUAUUUCAUAGCCUAUGGCAAGUUUGUGGUCGUCAGUGCCCACAACCUGGUGACCAUUGGCGACAAUGUGCAUCGCAAUAUCUCCAAGGAGGCGCUGCGCGAGAAAAUCCUCCUUUGCACCAAUGCCCUGUCGGACGCAUUGAAGACUUGCGUGCUGAAGUCGAAGAAGGCAGCGGCGCACUUUCCAAGCGGCAGUGCGGUUCAGGAAAUGGUCGAUUCGGUGGUGCACAUCAAUAGCUUGGCGCGUGAACUGAAAACCGUUAUGCUGCAGGCCGUCAAACUGUCGGCGGCCGAUGGAUCCUAAAGAGGCGAGCGCGACUAGGCUUACAAAGUCUUCCAGGCUGGCAGCUGGCAAAUGUUCCUUACGGCUUAUCGGAAUUGGCAUAUCCCAGCACGCAUCGAUACUCGAUAUAUGAUUUGCAUUGUGAUAUUUUCAGAAAAUGCACAGAGCUACACCCAGAUCGUUGCCACGAUCUCCCCAUAUAUAUUAUUUAUAUAUAUACGGCUACAUUCAUAUGUAUAUAUAAUACGAUUAAUACAUACAUAUUGAACUACGAUUACGAUUACGACUUAAGUUAUAUUUAUUUUUAGCUUGUAGGUUUUAUUUUUAAUUGAGGUCUCUGUAUAUAGCGAUUAUAAUUGUAGUUUACGUUUUUUGUACAUUUGUAUUUCAAGUGUUGUAUCAGUGAAGCAUUUCAGCAGAUCUAUUUUGUGAAUGUAUAUCGUAGAAAUUGCUUUAAUGCAUUUACAUUUGCAUAACUAUAAUCGAUCAUAAUUAGCAUACAUGCAUACAUAUAUAUCUAUAUCCAUACAUAGUCAAAAUCUGUAAGAUUUGCAAUGAACAUUUUCGUUUGUGCAAGGCAAUAGUCAGCAAUAUACA